AUGUUUUUCUCGAAAGUUAAAGAAAUCCAUUAAAUGACCCUCUUGUUGUAUGGUUAGGUGGGGGGCCUGGAUGUUCUUCAUUAUUAGGACUAAAUGAAGAAAUUGGUCCAUUUGUAAUGGAUGAUGAGAGAAUCCAAGAAGAAUCCUUAUUCAUGGAAUAUUAGAGCCAAUAUUUUAUUCUUGAAAUCACCUACAGGAGUAGGAUUUUCAAUUAAUAUUGAUACUAAAUAUGAAUAUAAUGAUGAGAAUUCUGGUUAAGACAAUUACUAAGCUCUAUUAGUUUGGCUUUAAGGAUUUAUAUAAUUUCAAAAAACAUAAAUUUAUUAUUGCAGGUGA